AUGUUUCGAAUAGCAAGACGUUUCAAUAGCACAUAUACUCGUCUCAAGUUUUUCACCAAGCCUGAUUGCAUGCUUUGUUACGAGGCCAAAACCGUACUUGAAAGUGCACUAAAGGACGUGAGGCCGGAGAUGCGUGAUUGCAUAUCCGAGGUUGAGAACAUUGACAUCACUUUGCCAGAAAACAAAGAUUGGUUUGCCAGCUACAGAUACGAUAUUCCAGUUCUUCAUGUUGAACGUGAGAAGUUCAAGAAAGUGGUGUUCAUGCACAAAUUCGAUCACGAGGAGAUUGUAGAGGAACUAGACCAGGAGCUCUAA